UUUUAAUUUGUUUGUAAAUCGCAAAAUUUUAAAUUCGUAAAAUAAUUAAAUAUUAAAAAUAAAAAAAUGGCGACUCGAAGCAAAUAUGAAUCAAGAUAUAAGGAGAGAACAAAAUUAGUGAAAGAAGACACUAGGCAAAAGUUGAAUAAUGAAAGGCAGAAGCGAUCAAGAGAUGAACUGAUGAAUGCAAGGAGAAACAUAGAAACUACUAUUACGGCCACCGCAAAAAAUAAUAAUAAAAAUAAAGCUAAUAAUAACAAUAGUAACAGUGUUACUAACAAAAAUCAGUCAUCCCAGUCCAGCUGGCAAGAGGAUUCUGCUAGUAUGAAAAGGACGACUCGAUCGAGAACUCUUAGCAAGACUCAAAAAUCUAUUGAUAUCGGUAAAAAUCCGAAAGCAGCUCCAGCAUUCAUAGUUCAACCUACUCAACUAGUAGCAUCUAAAGCUAGUGGAGGCCGCAGGACAGGUUUGUCACUGCCAGCUAAUAAUGAAAAAAGACCCAAAGCAGCUAGCAUCCAGAAGGCUCCUUCUCCGGCUAAAGUUGUAAAUUCCAAAAUCUCAUCCAUAGAGACCAGAUCAAAGAAGACAAAGCAGGCAGUACAACCUGCUACCAACAACAACAGCAGCAUUCUUGGAGUAGCAUCAAAAGGUGUUCAACCUGUUCAGAGAGGAAGUGCAAAGUCGAGGACAAACGACAGCAAACCAACUUUGAAUGCAAGUCUUGAAGUGAUAUCUUCAAGGAAGUUGAGAUCAGCAAGACCACAGCCACAACAAUCGUUAUCUUUGAUUGUUGAAGCCACCAGGAAGCCUGCAGCCAAGAAAGUUGCUGCUGAGGCUUCUGCUAAACCUGCAACAUCCAGAGUAACUGCAAAGAGCAGUACUGCAGCUAAUACUAGAAGAAAUGAAGUUUCUGAAGAAUCUAAAAGAAAACCUAGAAAACCAUUAAAAGAGGAAGAAAAGAAGCCAAUGAAGAAGGAAGAUAGAAAAAAGUUACAGAAGACGGCCGAGAAAGGAACCAGAAAAUCAAAGGAUGGUUUAAUAGAUGAGGCUAAAAUUUCAAGGUCACUAAGAUCCGGUAAGAAUGCCGAAGAUUCUUCAUCUGAUUCUCUAUCUCCUGUCCCAUCCGCAACUGAAUGUACGUUGCUUUGUGCUUCUUUUUGA